UUCGUCAUGCGCGUGCGCAGACGCCACCAUCCGGAUUGCGCGGGUAAUGGUAGAGCUUUAUCUUCUCAAGUUAACUACUAAACACAUUGUAAACCCACCCACCUGAGAGGCCAUUAUAUAUCGAUUAAACUUUAUUAAUAGAGCACUUUGGCGAUACUUCAUUCGUCCGUCCGAGCGGGAGUUGUGCGGCCUGACGCGGCUUAGCUUUAGAGCUAACGGCUAACUGGGAUUGUGUAGGAAGGAGCAAAUUUAAGAGUCGUCCAUUAAAGCUACUGAGAGGACACAACUCAAGAGGAAAGUUUAUUUGCAGUCAACCCUCGAUGUUCGCGGAUGUUGGGACGAAGACCAGCCGCGAAAAUCAAGAGAUUCGGUAUUGAAUAUUACAAUAUCUCAUAAUCCAGGAGCAAGAAGGAGAGAAGAAGAUCAUGCCAGAUUCAGACGCCGAGGUGCCCGACCCAACCAAGUCGAGUGGUAAAGGCAAGGGGAAGGGCAAGGGGAAGAGAGAGGAGCCGCUGUCCCUGGAUGACUGUUUGUGUCCAGUGUGUUUGGACAUGUUUCUUGAGCCGGUGACGCUUCCUUGCAUGCACACCUUCUGCAAGGCUUGCUUCUUGGAAUCCGUGGACAAGAGCGCGUUGUGCUGUCCCAUGUGCAGGAAGCGUGUGUCCACAUGGGUUCGGCUGAACAACAAGAACAAGACUCUGGUCAACCAGCAGUUGUGGACACAGAUCCAGCUCAGCUUCCCGCAGCGCUGCCAACGACGCCUCAGCGGGCAGGAUGCUGUCAAUGAUGACGACUUGACGGUUUUUUCCCCCAGAACAAGUCAGCCUGGUGAGCUGAGACAAGAAUAUCAGGAGCAGAUCAACAAAUUGUCUGAGGAGAAGCGCGAGCUAGAAGAGGAGGAGCAGCAUGCCAGCGAGGAGUACAUCCACAAACUCCUGGUGGAGGAGGAGGAGAUCCUUCAGGAAGAGCGGAAGAGGAGCAAGGAAGAUGAGCAGCUGGCCAAGAUGCUCAACAAAGAGCUGAACACCGCUCCCGUCUCCCCUGACAACCGUCAUCGUGCUCACAUCACUCCGGCCAAGAAGAAAGUCAACACGGCGGGACACAUUGAAAAGUUCUUGUGUCGACUUCCGUCCAAGUCCAGCCCGUCAGAGUGCAGCUCGACCACCACUUUGAUUUCUAACAAGGAGAAUAUUCGUCUCUCCCAUGGGGAGCGUCUCCCUCAAGCGGACCUAUACAGGACUCAGCAGGACCAACCGGAACCCCCUUGUCCCGGCCCGGCCUCGCCGCUGGAGGCGCGACACUGCCGAAUCUGUCACACUGACGCAGGAACGUCGAAGAGGAAGAGCUCUGAACCUGCCGACGAAGAGGAGGCAAAGCGAGCACGCCUCCAUUUGCCCUCGUCAUCUUCUUCGGCUCCGCCCCUAGAGGGCGCUUUGGUGUUACAAGCGGAACUGGAAGCCCAGCUGGAGCGGCGCCGUCAGCAGGAGGAGGCUGACCGGCAGAUGGCACUGCUCCUGCAAGAGAAGCUCGACCAAGAGGAGAGGCAGCAGCAAACUAACCGGAGAAAAGGCACAAUAGACGCGUAUCUGCUCAGACGCGUAGGCGGCGACACCCGCAGGAGAAACUCCAGGACUAGUAUGACCUCCCCCUUAUCACUGUCUACCUCCUCCUCCUCCUCGUCAUCCUCUUCCUCCUCAGAAGUGUCCACCUCCUCCUCUCAAAAUGAUAGCAGCAGACAGUCCACCCUCACUGACAUUUUUUCGGACCUGAGCAGCUGAAGCCCCUCAAAAGGAGACCCUCAACCGAGUCUGGGUCCUGUGUGGCCCUCACCCCACAAUGGGAUCUAAAAGCUGCUGAAAGAGACCAAUUUGAGCCUUAAUCAAGCCAACCCUCGUGUUUUUGCAGUGCGGCAUUUGCAAGUUCACCUCUGAGCCAUGUUUAAAAAGAAAAUAUUGUUUUGUCACCAAUUUAUGGCAUUUACAGUGAACCCCAACAUAUUCAGUUUGGCACUUGCAAAUAUGCAUUGCCACAUUUUUGGGGAGGAACCUAUCUAAUGUUGACUGAAAAACGUAUUUACUAUUUUUGUGUUCAGACCAAAUAAAUACCCAAUGUCACUUCAUUAUGUUUGCUUGUGACACCACUUCCUGGUUUGGACGCUGCUACAAUAGAUUUGUAAUUAAAGAGUUGUUGAAAAGUC